AUUACUUUACUCUCACUUAUUUUUGCUAUUUUCAUAUUUAAUAUUGCAAUUAUUAUUAUGGGCUGCUAUUAUAUAAAUACAAGCAAAGAAGUUAAACCGGCUCCUGUUAUAGUCAACAAUUCUCUUUUUUUUGUCUAGGGCGUCAUCUACUUGAAUUUUUGUUAACUUUACUUUAAUUUUAAACGAACUGAAAAAUAAUGUUAUUUAAAACAAUGCAUCGACUGGCCAGCAAGGUUUAUUAUCACAAAUGACUCCACGUGAUUUUCCAAGGAAUUGGCCAACUCUUGCAACGAAUACACGAACCCUGACUUAAAAAUAAGCACAAGUCACUCUGUCUGUACUUCACAUUCACCACCUGUGCUCAACACAGGCCACAAAACACACUAGGCUAAAUGAUAAAGUCCCCAGGCUACCGCCUAUCUUCAGUUCGCUGUAUUCAAUGUGAGAAGCUGCCAAAACACUUCCCUGUUGAGACAGGCUAACACAUCGUGUUAUAACAUAAGUAGUUCCUCUUUGUCUUCGUUGUUCAAAGUGCUUACAACAUAACGCACAAGGCACAUGGAAACUCUAGGAAUUAAAGCGCCCAACGACUAUUUGCAUGUUUUGCAGGAUAUCGACGCGAAACCAAAUUAGUGUGUGUUGUUCCUUGUAUAGACCGGCAGGCAGUGAGGUGUAAACGAAAGCUAUAUCUCCAUGUAUGUCGGGUUAUAAAUUCGCAAGCCUUUCCACGAUGCGCACGUCCCACAGGAAUGUGGUCUUGUUAGGGGCUUUUCUAUGGUAGUCACAAACUGAAGUUAAGCUAUGGCCGCUGACCCAGCAGUGAAGAAAAGGGCAAACCUCCUUGCCUCCAGGGCGAGUUGGGCCAAGGUGGACGGACAAUCUGAUGAACCAUCUAACACCAGAAGAACAGGAGACUACAAGCAAGAUAGCGUCCAGCAGUGGCUUAGUUCCAUUAACAGGGGGGGUGAGAAGAACGAGGCAGUUCAGAGGUCUGCAGCGGGGUCCCUGCAGAGAAACGCCAGCGCCGAGGAUGACUUAGCGCUGGGUGUGGAAGCAUCUAUAUAUGGUAAUCCAGGAGCCAGGACUGUCAAGGAGUUUUUGCGGUCGUCCCGGGCCAGCGCCGUUCUGCCCAGGUGGAACAGCCUGACCUCAGCCUUCUCUUCUCAGUCCAAUCCACUGAGUGUCAUGGAUGUGCUGAACCUUUGGGAGGACGACCCUGCGGAGGUGCUGCUGGACCUGGGCUUCGGUGUCGAGGAACCGGACAUCACAGGACGAAUCCCAGCCCGCUUCAUCAACCACCAGUCCCAGGCCCGCGGGAUCAACCUGCAAGUGUUUCUGGAUGCCCAGAAGAACCGCAUGGACAUCGAAAACCCAGACGUUAGAAAUCGCUUCAGGCAGCUGGAGGUUCUCCACCAGGUCACGACCGCGUUCAACUCCCUGGUGGGCGGAGGAGCCAGUGCCGCUCCGGCGAGCUCGGGCCCCCAGGGGCCCCAGGCCAGCGCGUCGUCCCCCGAGGCCCGGGAGAAGAGGAAGCGCAUGGGCAUGCUCCUGCGGCGGGCAUCCAAGAAGACGCUGAGCCUCGCCAGGGCCUCCCAGGAGCAGGCUCCGCCCCCCAGUCCCACAGCAGCCGCCAGGGCGUCCCAGGAGCAGGCUCCGCCCUCCCAGGAGCAGGCUCCGCCCAGCCCGACGGCAGCGGCUGCUGGCACCGAUCCAGAGCCGCCUGCCACGCCGACGAACGCGCCUUUGCACCCCUCCGAGAAACGGGGUCCCCUCAAGCGCUUCAGAUCGAGCCUCGGGGAGAGUGGCUGCCUCACCCCCCUGGUAGAGGAACAGGGGAUCUCAGAGGUCCAGGGUGUGGUACUGCCUGAGGCCCAGGCCCAGGGUGUGGUACUGCCUGAGGCCCAGGUCCAGGCCCAGGUCCAGGGUGUGGUACUGCCUGAGGCCCAGGUCCAGGGUGUGGUACUGCCUGAGGUCCAGGUCCAGGGUGUGGUACUGCCUGGGGCCCAGGCCCAGGUCCAGGGUGUGGUAUUACCUGUGGGCCCCCUGGAGAGCCCAAUCAGACUGAAGGGCCACAGGGAGCCCCGGCCCCUGCUCCCUACCCCUCCCCUCAGGAAGAGGAGCCCAGGAGAGCCCAUGGAGUCUUUUGAGCUGGAGGAGAUCCAGAGUUUCGAUGAGGGCAGUAUGGCUGGGAGUGCGAGUUGGAUGGCAGACAGCAUAGGUGAACAUGAACGAGGCUUCCUGUCGCGAGCGGAGUCCUGCGUGGUCCGAACCAACAGCUGCCAGUCGGACAGUAGCGGGUUCCUGGAGGAACCUUUCGUUCCUGCCACCUCCCCGUUCCUGGAGGAACCUUUCGGUCCUGUCACCUCCCCGCCUCCCCCAAGCCCUGGACUCAUGAAGGCACUGAAUGCCAUGUCUGGCAGCACAGACAGCCUGGGAACACUGAGGGGAAGUCCGGACCCCUCCCCCACCUCGCCCACCCCCCCCACCUCCAUCUUCACCUCACCCUCUUCUGCGCGUGACCCGGCCCGGCCCCCUGCAGCGCCCUCGGGCGAGCGGAGCUCCGAGACCCCCCCGGUGCUCUCCGGGUGUCCCUCCGUGGACGUGGCGGCUGCUGAAGACGCCGCUGAGUUCCGAGAGAAUGCCAGUGCCAUGGGAGCUUCCCAAUGCUGUCAAAACUCUGAAGGUGUUCCGUGUGCGGACGUUGAUUAUGGCAGCUCUGCCGAGGAGGACGUGGUGUCUGAUGGGAUCACCGUGAUGACAGAGAGUUCUGGCCAGCGACGGGGAGAACCACCUUUAUCUGAACUGGACAAUGUGCAAGAGCAGCAUGUCAGAGAAGGUGCAAUCAGUAAGGACAUUGUUGUUGAGUCAAGUGUGUGUGAAGAAGGUGUUAGUGUGCGUGGUGAACAUUUGACUGGUGAAGUCACCAUUUGUGAUGAAGUAGUAAGUGUAACAGUGAGUGUAAAGGCAGUAAAAGAGGUUGCGAUGAGUGAAGUAUGCAGUAUGGCUGAAGAGGAGGCCCUUAAACGUGUGGUUGGUGAGCGUGCUGUGAGCGAGUGUGUGCUGUGGAAAGAUGUGGCUAGUGAAAGAGCAGUCAGUGAGAACACUGCAAGCCAAUGUGCUGCUGAGGCUGUUGCUGGCGCUGCUGGCUGGCAUGUGGUUAGCAAAGGUGAGAAUGUUAGCAAUCACACGAUUGGUGCAGAUGCAACUGUAGACUGUGCACUGAGCAAAAAUGAACUCAAGGAUUAUCAAAGCACUGCACUUUGUUGUAGAGUGCAGGGAAUUGCUGAACAUACUGUUAAUGAAUGUGGCACCAUCAUCUCUUCACGGUGCGGCAUAGCAGUGGAGAGUAUCGCUCUUUCAGGUGAGCAUCAGGCCCCGGGUGAGGAAGGGUUAAGUUUUGAACACACUGACUCACAGGUGGAGGCCCAGUCGGAGGCCACUCGCACACCAAACCAAGACACUCAGGUGUCCUCCACAGAAGCAUCUCAACCGGCAGACUCUGAUGAACUUAAAGAGGGCACGCUAGUAGAAAGUGAUGGUGUCUUUGUCGAACCUUCUGGAACGGACAGAAAGCCUCGUCUUGCAGGGCGUUCGGUGACGGUGCAGAUGUGCUCGUCUUUGGCACCCAUUUCCCAGACUCUCCGCUCUAGUGACGUCACGCAGAGGCGGAACUCUUUCUCCAGGAGGGCGUGGUCUGAAGCAGAAGUUUCCCACACCCUCCCACAACGCAACUCACAGACUCUUGCCAUGGAAAUACCAGAACUGGCUUCUUCCAUUCACAUUUGGCAAUCCCAGGACAGUUCGCAGGGGUUUGGAAAGUUCCGGACGAGGUCAGCCUCCUUGGAUACGGGGUUGUCGUGGGAGGAUGGCGACGGGCGGUUGGACGGUGUGAUGAUGGCCGGCGGAGGGGGAGGGGCCUGUUUGUGCCAGUGCCAGUGCCCCUGCUGCUCCAGGCACGGCGCACACGUGCUCCAGUCAGACCCAUCCUCCAGUUUCCCAUAUUCUCUGGACGAGCUGGAGGAGAUGAUGCAGGGCGUGAAGAGGUUCCGCACCAUCCUGACGGAGAUUGAGCAGAGGCUGGACCACGAACAGGCCUCAGUGUAUGAGGAUCUCUCAGCCACUGACAGGGAGGAGGUGGGGGACGUGCUGGAGCUCAGGGCUGCGGUCAAACAGGAAGCACGGAAACUAGAGCUGCAGCUGACGGACCUGGUCCAUCACUACGACGACAGCUUCAAAAUGAAGAUCAACAGGCUUCUGGAUGAACAGUCUCAUCUCUGCUCUCAGCUGAGAAUACAUCCCUCAGGCAGGCCCCGCCCCUCAGACAGGCCCCGCCCAGAGCCCGCCUCCACCGAAAGUGUGGCCAUUCAGUGCAGCCUACUGCCUGUGACAGACACAGUAGACACACGCCUCUCUCCCCAUCACUCAAGUAACAGCACAAAGCAAGGCAAGCUGGACUUCGUAGGGUUCAUCCAAAAUCUGAAGAAUUCUGUCCACCAGUCCAUCAGUAAUGACUCACUGGAGUGAAGUUGACUACACUACAUGAUCUGCUGCCAACUCAAAGAUGUCUUCCUCUUGAACUAAUUUAUUCCUUCCAAUGAUUGCCUUCAUCCUGCGACUGCUUUUUUUGUUUUGUUUUUUAAUGAGGACAAGAGCGCAGUCUUCCCAGAAGGAGUCAGUUUUCAGCUCGAGUCCAAUAAAAGCAAAAUAAGAGCUAGUCCUCCAUGA